AUGAUGCAGCCAGAUUACCCAACAGCGAUGGGGUUGCUGGCCCAUCUAAACUCGGAUGAGUUAAAGGAAAUGCUUAAUGAUGACACCAAAUUCGAUUCCGUCCUUAAAGAUGUUAAACAAGUUAAAGAUUGGGAAACUGAAAGGGAGAUGAUAAUAGCCAGCAACAGAUCAUUGGCUGAAUUUAACCUAAGCAAAGAGCCAGAUCUGGAAGAUCUUAAAAAACAGAUACAAGAGAAAUCUAAAACUGGAGAAGAGCUGUGUAGCCAUAUACAAGAAUUGCUUAAUGAUUACAAGUCAAAAUCGGCCGGUGUAACCCCAGAUACAACGCUGGCUGUAUUACAAACGGCGGCCGCGGAGUCGGAGGAACAGUCUGAGAACAUCGCACAAGACUUUCUCACAGGAAAGAUUGAUGUGGACAAAUUCUUAGAAGACUUUGAACCAAUCCGCAAAGAGAUGCACUUGAGGAAAUUCAAAUCGGAAAAAAUGAGUGAACUAUUAAGAAUGGGUAGUCCGAGUUCUUACGUGAAUGGCGUAAGCAAGCCGUAUUUACCAUAUCCAAGCUUUGGACCACAAGGCGUACCUAACAUACCAUACCCAGUAGGACCCUUAAACAUGCCAAUGCCCGGAAUGUACGGAAAUCACUUCUGA